AUCUACAAAAUCUCACAUUAAUAAACUUUUAUCUCAAUGAUUGUUCAAGAUGAUAUGACGCUGUGUUUGCGGUUAAAGUACUCGUGUACAAACUGAUAAUGAAUUACUAAAAUUCAUAAUAUACCUAUUCUUCAAACUCGAACAGCUAAACACAAUGCGACCGAUUGAUGUCAGCUAAUUAACACAAGUCAUCGUUUUAUUUCAACUUGGCUGUAGUAUAUAAGUGCCCACCCAGAAGGAUUGUAAUAACAGUUAAUUUGAUAACUGAACAUUACAGUACACGUAACGACAAUGAGAGUAAUAACAAUAAUGAUCAUGACUUUAACACGAGCUUUUGAGGCAAUCGCGUUAGUACCGGCUGUGACUGUUGACAACAUAUCGGUUCGAAUGAGUUUGCCCGAUGGACUUGGAUUAUCGGGCGUGUGUUUAUUCAGGAACGGUUUGGAUAAAAGACACGUUGUAUAUAAGUCAAUAACUUCUACUCACAAGCAUCAAAAAAAUGGCAAAUAUCUAGUGGCCGGUGAUUUAAACACCAAUAGUGUAUACGAGGGAAUAUUUACUCGACUGCAAGACGGUGACCAGAUUGCUCGAUUUGUAUGCAAAGAAGGUUAUCGAUUUGAAAUAGCCACCCCUUUUAUAGUACCCAUAAAAGAUCUGGAAAAUAUGUUUACCGUCAAAGAGUCAAUACAACAAAAACUUAAAAUGUAUCCAUCAAACCGAAUGCUCAUUGAAAAUGUGUCGGUUACUAUUCGAUUUUUGUUGGAUCACUCACAACAUGUAGUAACUGCAGAUGUGUUUCAAGUAUUCAAAAAACUAAAGCAACAAAAUAUAAAAAAUGAUUACUCGGCUAUUCCUUUUGCUCGAUAUCAGCUCAGUUUGCCUGUUCAUAAGCUAAUACUGGCGGAGUUACCCCCUGAUCAAAUGAUAGCUAUCAAAAUACAUGCCGUAGAUUUUACCGGCAAACCAACAGAGAAUUUUUUUUUUCUUUUCACCGGUGGACUGUAUCCCACAGAUAUAGCAAACCUAACUCAAAUGGUAGAUAAUUUAAUGACUCCUGGUAACAUGAUCAACACAAAACACGGUCAAUAUGAUUCUUAUGACAUUCUCAAAAAUACAGUUAGAUGUUAUGCAGCUGGCAUGGUUUACAACGGUUAUCCUUGUAAAAACUCUGACAAAUGUAUACCAUUAGGCUGGUUAUGUGAUGAUCAAAAAGACUGUGUGGAAGGUGAAGAUGAAUAUAAUUGUUACAAAGAGGAUGAAGACGACAGUAUUAGCAACACAAAUAAUUAUAACAAUAUUGAUAAUUGGUAUUAUAGCCGCGGUACAUGCAAAAAAUAUGAAUUCCGUUGUCUUUCUAGAAAAAUGUCAGUUUGUUUACCAAAUUCAUGGCUCUGUGAUGGACGAGUAGAUUGUGAUGAUGGUUGGGACGAGGAUGAAUUUAAUUGUGGACAAAUUUACAAUGUACAAAAACCAAUAUUAAGUGAUAUAUAUCACAGAGAAGACAUCUUAUGUAAAAAUAAAAACUCUUUCAAAUGUUGGCAAGGUACUGAAUGUAUAAAUUUUCGAUCAGUUUGCGAUGGCACAAAACAUUGUGCAGAUGGUUCAGAUGAACGUAUAUGUGAUAAUUGGAAUUUACAUUGUGAUCAAUUUACAGAAUUCAGGUGCUUGAACAACUACAACACAUAUAACACACGAAACUGUAUACCUCGGCAAUGGGUAUGUGAUCUGCAGGACGACUGUCCACAUGGAGAAGAUGAAUCAGUAACCAGUUGUUUAAGCAUGGAUCACCCAACAUUUAAUGGUCUAGAAACUGAUAUUGUAGAUUUUUAAAUAAAAAACAACUUUUAAAAAAUAAAUGUUUUAGAAGCAAUUUACA